AUAAAAAUUAAAAAAAAACUUACAUGGUCAUGAAGUAUUAUUUUGGGCAAGGUCAUAUGAUUUUUAUAAACAAAAUAAUAAAAUAAUAGCUUUUUGAGAAUUUUAUAUAAUACAUUGGUAGAGGUGGAAACUUUUUAGACAGGAUGUAUUGGGUUUAAAUCCGGACAUAAACGAAUUAACUAACUUGGUUAAUUUAACAUCUAAUCACUAACCAGCUGUUAAAAAAAAUUCUUUUAUUAUGUAAUUUCUUCCAAAUGUUCAAACACAUAACAAAAAUACAUCUAAAAAUAAAAAAAUAAUAAUAAAAAAAUAAUAUAGAUAGAAAUAUUAAACAAAGAAAUAUAUAUAAAAAAUAAAAUAAAAUGCCACGGUGUUUAAAUCGGACCCCUCCUCCGAUGGUUGUUCUUUUUCCUCGGACACGCUCCCUCCACGAGACGAAAAAUGCUAUCUUCAGUACAAAACCCUCGCAUCCUCCUCCUCCACUGCCGGUGGUCUAAACCUCUCCACCACCACCACCGCCAUUAUCCCAAAGCCAUCCACGCCGCCGCUCAAGCUCAGGCCAUUUCUACAUCAUCCCCCACCUCUCAAAUCCAAAUUAUCCAAAAAUCCAUCCAUUCCCGGGAGAAAACAGCCCGCCAAUUUGCCGAAGAGUUUAUCAACCGUCUCCGCCUUACCGAACCCCAUGUCAAGAGCUUCCUUCACGUCUCAGAAACCGUUUUAAACGAAGCAGAUGAAAUUGACCGGAAAAUUGAUCGAAACGAGGAUGUGGGACCUCUCGCCGGAGUAUUGGUUGCUGUCAAAGACAACAUUUGUACCGCCGACAUGCCUUCCACUGCUGGAUCUAAAAUAUUGGAAAAUUAUCGACCGCCAUUUGAUGCGACUGCUGUUAGGAAGUUGAAGGAGAGUGGCGCCAUUAUCGUUGGGAAAACUAAUUUGGAUGAAUUCGGAAUGGGAAGUACUACUGAAGGAUCAGCUUACCAGGUCACUGCAAAUCCUUGGAACCUUGAAUGUGUACCAGGGGGGUCAUCAGGAGGCUCAGCUGCAGCUGUUUCCGCUAGACAAUGUGUAGUAUCGUUAGGAAGUGAUACAGGUGGAAGUGUCAGACAACCUGCAUCAUUUUGUGGUGUCGUAGGCUUAAAACCAACAUAUGGUCGUGUCUCAAGAUUUGGACUAGUGGCAUAUGCAUCAUCGCUUGAUGUCAUCGGAUGCUUUGGCUCAUCGGUUGCUGAUGCUGGCAUCCUUCUUCAAUCAGUCUGUGGCCAUGAUAAACUCGAUGCCACUAGUAGCAAACGGGAGGUUAUUGACUUCACAUCUCAGUUUGUUGCCAAAGAUUAUCUUGAAUCACAGCCCUUGAAAGGACUAAGAGUUGGUGUGAUUCGUGAAACUCUUGGUGAUGGAGUUGAUCAAGAAGUAGUUUUAUCUAUUCGUGGUGCUAUUUCUCAUAUGGAAGAAUUGGGAUGUAUAGUGACAGAGGUGUCAUUACCUUCUUUCUCUCUGGGAUUACCAGCAUACUAUGUUCUUGCUUCAUCCGAAUCUUCUUCAAACUUGUCUCGUUAUGAUGGUAUUAGGUAUGGCAACCAAAUUGUUUCUGAUGAGCUAAGUUCCCUUUAUGGAGGUUCUCGUGCUAAUGGCUUAGGUCCAGAGGUAAAAAGGAGGAUUUUGAUGGGGACGUAUGCCCUUUCAGCAGGUUAUUAUGAUGCCUAUUACAAGCGAGCUCAGCAGGUGAGAACUGUAGUCCAGAAAAGCUUCAAGGCAGCAUUAGAUGAACAUGAUAUUCUAAUUUCACCUGCAGCUCCAUCGGCAGCAUAUAAAAUCGGUGAAAAGAAAAAUGAUCCUUUGGCAAUGUAUGCAGGGGAUAUUAUGACUGUGAAUGUCAACUUGGCUGGAUUGCCUGCAUUGGUUUUGCCAUGUGGAUUUGUCCAAAAUGGCCUUCCUGUUGGUGUUCAAAUGAUAGGGGCUGCUUUUGAUGAGGAAAAAUUGCUGAGAGUGGGCCAUAUCUUUGAACAAACGCUUCAAGGGAGACUCGCACAACAUCUGCAUCUAUUAAUCAAUGAAAUGAACGUUGAUCCUUCGAUCUCCGAUCGUCGUCUCCGGCGGCCACAGGGCUGUACUCCAAUGAUGAAAUCAAGACACUACACAAUAGAAGAAUGGGAUACAAAGCCAAUAAGAAAAAUCCCUUCUUUGGUUGAUCUUUGUGUUCAGAAAGCUGUAGACAAUGUUAGGUACUUAGGGGAUGUGGGAGAAACAGACUUCCAUCUUCUAGAACGUUUUUUACCACAUUGUACUGUUGAGCAGUUGAUGCAUAUCGAGGAUUCAACUGAGGAUCGAGAUCUUAGCCCAGUUACUGAUAAGCUAUGGAAGAACUUUUAUGUGUUACAGUUUGGUGCUAACAGCACCAAUGUUGUAGUUGAGAGAAUGAAAGAGAAGAGAGUUUCAUUUAAAUGGAGACAAUUGUAUGAGGCGAAGGUAAAGGAUAAUGAGGAGGCACAACAAAAGUCAUUUGAGCGAAUAAAGCAACUAUAUAAAAAAGAAAAUGCUAAGAAGCAAAGUCGACAGGUUCAACUGUGCACCAAGGUGCCACCCUCCACCAACAAAAGGGGUUUUUGGGGAGGAGGCCCUAGUAGUAACAUUGGCAAUACAAAGAGUGGCAUCAUGAAGAAGGCUAAACUAGAAUUCCUUAACAGCCGAGAGGUGAAAAACCUAUCAGCUAUGAAGAAAACCAACUUUCAAAACAACCAAAGGGUUUCUCCUAUUAUAAAGAAACCAAGUCAUUUUCCUGGAAAGUCUUCUUCUACUCCUUCAAGUUCCAAAUUUAGUACAGCAACAUCAACAGCAAGAAGAUUUUGAAGAGCCUUUUCAUGUUUGGUUUUGAAUAAGGUUGUGUAUCUCAAUUUGUUACAGAAUGUUUCAAAUGUUGAUAAAAAUCUUUUCCAUUUUCUUAUAAAUGUUGUAUGCUACUGCUGACCUGUCAACAAGUAUGUUAUCACUUUCUGCAUCCCAAAGUUUCACCUUUUAAAGAUAACGUGCAUAUUGAUGUUUUGCUUGCAAUUAGAAAUAGUUUGUGUUUAUUUCCAAGUAUUAUCAGG